UCCGGAUUUUCCACAAUGCCGUGCUCAGCCCAAGCGCAGUUCCAUGCGAUCUGUGAUGCCGCAGCAGCUCACAGACGGUCAGGUACAGGCAGCCAGUAUAGACUGGGACUUGACAACCAGUGGACCUCCUGUCGAGUUUUCAUUGGCAGAAGAGAAAGCUACUAUUCAAAGACGGUGAAUUGUAUAGGAUUAUACCAGGGAGUGCUUGCUGUUUUCUACCAACACACCAUAAGUAAAGACCUGUAGUUGCAUGGAGGACAACAGGUGUGGAUUUAAGGACCGGUGAGUCAUGAUGUUGAAGAGGAGACAAUAAAGUGGAGCUUAUUUAGCGUCAGUAGCAGUUAGAUGCGUCUGUCCCCUCGUCCGUGACGAUGACGAUGAAAGGCUUGUCGAGUAGCCGAAGACACCAUCACACGGUGACUUGUGACCCCUCCUAUGACUCCAUGACCCUGGGGCGCCAAGCCCGGCCCUACCCGCUGAACCCGGGCAAUGCCCACCCGGCGGACCACCCUUACUAUGCCCAGCGAAGCUCCUUCCAGUCUGAGUGCGGGCCCUACCCUGACCCUGCUAGCAGCACCUUCCCCCGAAGACACUACAGCUCCCACCAUGAAUUGAAGGAUGAGUGUGCUGUGGUGCCUUACACCGGAGGCCAGGGGGGAAGCUUUAACAACAACCGCAUCCCCCCCAACCUUCUGGAGCAGUUUGAACGGCAGGCGCCGGUGCGCCACGACGGCUACCACACACUACAGUACAAGUGCACAGAGGUGGCGCACCAGCGCAGCGACAGUCCUGGGAGGAUCCGGCAUCUUGUCCACUCGGUCCAGAAGCUCUUCACCAAGUCUCACUCCCUGGAAGGCCCAUCCGGGGAUAGGAUGAACGGGGGCAAGGCCAGCUCUGACAACCCGCCCUCCCACUCCGGCACCCUGAAGCAUAGCAGCAAGCGCAACAAGAGCAAAGACCGCAGCAGGUCGGAGCCCAAGAUGCGCUCGGCCACCUCAGGCUACUGGAGCUCGGACGACACCCUGGACCGCGAGGUGUGCCUGUACCACCACCACAGCCCCAUCCCGGGAGGCAUGCCCUCGGGGGUGAUGACCAUGGGCCGCCACCCAGGCAAGUCUCAGUCGCAGUACUUCAUGGAGCAGUACAACACCAUCAGCGCCCACUCGCUGAAGACGUCACGAAGCAACAACGACGUCAAGUGUUCUACAUGCGCCGGGUUGCCGGGACUGGGCACGGGGAUGGACGGGACUGGCCAACUGCUGAAGAAGAGCUUGUGGUCGUCAACACUGACGGUCAGUAGGGCCAGGGAAGUCUACCAGAAAGCAUCGGUCAACCUGGACAAAGCCCCGGUCAAGGCCGAUACAUGCCAACAGGGUGGGCGCCAGAUCUGUCAAUUCCUCCAGGUACCCCAGGACGAGUGGAGUAGGGGGUUCUUGCCCGUGGGGAAAGACGAGGAGAUCCCAUGCCGGCGUAUGCGCAGUGGCAGCUACAUCAAGGCCAUGGCGGAGGAAGACAGCGGCGACUCAGACUGCAGCCCCAAGCCCUCGCCCAAGGUGCAGGCGCGCCGGGCAAGCUAUCUGAAGGCCACACAGCCAUCACUCACCGAGAUGACCACCCUCAAGAUCUCCACUGAGUCGCACUCUCCCAAGCUGCAGAUCCGGAGCCACAGCUACCUGCGUGCGGUGAGUGAGGUUUCCAUCAAUAGAAGCCUGGACAGCUUGGACCCGGCAGGGCUGCUGGCCUCGCCCAAAUUCCGCUCGCGAAACGAGAGCUACAUGAGAGCCAUGAGCACCAUUAGCCAGGUGAGCGAGGUGGAGGUGAACGGACAGAUCGAGGCAGUGUGUGAGUCCGUUUUCAGUGAGAUGGAGUCUCAAGCGGUGGAUGCCCUGGACCUCCCCAUGUCAGGCUGCUUCCGUAUGCGCAGUCACAGCUAUGUCCGUGCCAUCGAGAAGGGCUGCUCCCAAGACGAGGAGGACAGGGUCACCAUGGUGGGGGGAAACAUGAGGGCUAUCUCAGCCCCCCGGACCACCACCACCGUCAGGACCAUCCAGAGCAGCACAGUGUCGUCAUGCAUUACCACGUACAAGAAGACGCCUCCGCUGGUGCCGCCGCGCACCACCCCAUCCAAACCUGUCAUCUCCAUCACAGCCCAAAGCAGCACCGAGUCGGCCCAGGAUGCAUACAUGGACGAGGGGUCAGGCCUCCGGACCCAGAUCAGCACAUCCCAGCCCAACCUGUUCAACUCCACUGAGAGCAUCGACAGUAUGAAGGCCCUGACUGCAGCUAUCGAGGCAGCUAACGCCCAGGUCCACGGCCCGGCCAGCCAGCACGUCACCAACAGCACCAUCACCAUCACCGCCACCACCACUGCGUCCAGCAACAGCAAGAGAGACGCUCUCCGGAAGUGCCUCUCCGUAGGGAUACAGGUGGAUGGACCAGAGGACAUUAGGGGGACAGAGGAGCACUCCAAGUUCCAGUCAGUGGGUAUCCAGGUGGAAGAGGAGAGAUGUUACCACAGGAUGACCAGGUCCAACAGUGUGACCACGGCGGUCCAGGCCGACCUAGACGACCCUGACUACUAUCCCGUCGACGCUCCAGAGAUGGCGAUGCGCCACUCGGCCACCAUGCCCCGCCAGUACUCCCGGGACUCCGCCACAUCCACCGUCUCCAUCCAGGGCUCGGGCAACCACUACCACGCCCUGACUGUGGAGGAGUACGGCGAGGUGGGUGUCGACCCAUCCAUCCUGCCCCCACCCGACCCCUGGAUGGACCAGGUGGACGGCCCAAUGGAGGUGGUGGGGGGGAGGGGGUCGUUGUGUCCCAGGGACGGGCGCUGGUUCCUCAAGCUGCUGCAGGCUGAGAUGGAGCGCAUGGAGGGCUGGUGCAGACAGAUGGAGCAGGAAGAGAUGGAGAACGAGCUGUCGGACGAGAUCCUGGGGAAGAUCCGCAGUGCAGUAGGCAGCGCCCAGCUGCUCAUGUCUCAGAAGUUCCAGCAGUUUCGGGAGCUGUGUGAGGAAAACCUGAACCCCAAUGCCAACCCCAGGCCCAUCUCCCAGGAUCUGGCUGGUUUCUGGGACAUGCUACAGCUGUCCAUCGAGAACAUCAGCCUAAAGUUUGAUGAGCUGCACCAACUCAAAGCCAACAACUGGAGACCCCUGGACCCCCCCGUGAUAAAGGAGAGACGGUUCGCCCCUCCAGUGCCAAAGAAGCCCCACAGGGGCCACCCUCCCCUGGCCAGGGACCAUUCUCUGGAGAGUGCCGAGAGACAGCGGCUGGAGGCUCGCAAACGCCUGCUGGCCGCCAAGCGGGCCCUCACGGUCCGACAGAGCUCUGUCACCGAGAGUGCAGCAGACAGUAUUGAGAUCUACAUCCCCGAGGCCCAGACCAGACUAUGAGACACACACAGAUAGAGACAGAGACCCCCCCCCCCCCCCCACACACACACACACCUACAAAGGUGCACGCAAACACCCACACAGGCACACACACAGCACUGAAUGGCGAGUGUAGGGUGCUUGUAAUAUAAUCACAUCUUUAUUUACUUCAACAAAAGAGGGGGGACGGUCACAGCUGAGCUAGUUGAGUGAGAAUAUUGUAUAUUUAUGAAUUUUUGGCCUUCUCUCCAUUUGAUCCUCUCCAUUGAACUUUCAGCUUUGAUGUAGCUCCCCCCACUCCUCACACCCAGUCUAUGUUUCUUCUUGUGAUGUCAACUCUUCUUACCGAUAUUCCACCAACCAAGUGACCUGUUGUCAUCCAAACAACAGGUAUACCAGUACCACAGCAUUGAUGCAUAAUGUAUAAUGUUUCUGAUUCAUUGGAACAGAAGGCAAGUUAGGGAGGGAGGGGUAGAGUACUAGUGGGUCUAGACGGAGUGCUGUCAGGGCACACUAGCUAAUCCUGUUGGGUGUCAGACAGCCUGAGACAGCGACUGUGUCCCACAUGACACCCUACUUCUUAAACAGUGCACUGUUUUUGUGCACUACCUACUGCACUGCAUAGAAAAUAGGGAGCUAUUUGAGACACAGCCAGCCUCUCUACGCUGGUGACCCUGGGUGAGGCUGCUACUGUGAGUCACAGCACAAUAACAGCAGACAAUAGGGAAACCCAGUCUCUCUCCCCCUGUGGGAUACUACUGUCACGGGGUUCACAACACACGCACGCACACAUGCACACACGCACACACACAAGCACAUAUGCACACAAGCACAUAUGCACAUACACACAUACGCAUGGACGUACACUCGUGCGUGUGCGCUCACAGACACGCGCAGCUGCACACACACCUGUUCUCAAGAGAGAUUUGAGGUAACUUACCUAAACCUGUUUGAGUUGUUAGGGAGAACACCUGAGACAUGUCUAUAACCUUCUGGAGACAUACGAGACAUCGACAGAAUGUAGCAGCGACCAUUGAAACUGUUUUAAAUGUUUCAAUUAGGAUUAAAUCCUAACUUCAAUUUAAGUCAUAUUUUCACUUAGUCAUGCAUUGAUGUCAAUGGAAGACUAAGUAAACUUAAGUAUAACUUAGGAUUCGCCGCUUAUUAUUGAAAUCCAGGGAACAGCAGCUCUAUAUAACUUGGCAAUGAAAUCACACACAAAAGCAUUUUAGUCAGUCACCAUAUUUUAAAAACAAUGAAAUACAAAGAAAAAGGGUAUACACUAAUGGUUUGAUACAAUGAUUUAAGUCCAACACCUAUUACCACCAUUACGCCUAGAUGUUCUAUUAGAGCAACAUACAUUUAUCACACACUAUUUUGUUAUUGUACAUCAAACCGCAAAGCUGAGAGACUUUGCGCAGUAGCUGAAUCAACACAGUCCAAAGGUGUUCAACGUAGACAAUAAUAUCAAUGUGCAAAAAUUACUUUCAUUUGUAAAAUCCAACCCUUUUAUAAAAUGGGAUUUGGAUGAGAGGUGUAGCUUGGGAUUCAUAGUAUUUACCAAUAAUCAAUACAGGUCUUUGUAAGGAAAAUAAUUGAAUAAAUCAAAUAAAUAAAUAAACUCUGUGUCGGACAAUGACACUAUUCUUCCUUUUCUCCAAAUACAGUCUUUCCAGUUACAGGAGCAGUGGCAUGAUUCUGCUGUUCUCUCCUAUGUCUGAACUUUAGGGGUUAUAGGUCACAGGGUCACGUCAGUCUGUCUACCCCCAGAUGUGGUAGGAUUCUAGGGUUGACAGCGCUAAUCCUGCCUGGUAGUGAGGUUUGGAGUUAGGUGAGCUCAUGGCAAGCUCUCAGAGAGAGGUCAGUGCAGUGAAAUCAGGGUCUGCCAGAAUAAAAAUUGUGAUUUACAGUUUAGCAGACAUUCUUAUCCAGAGCAACUUAUAGGAUUCGGGAUUCAAACCAGCAACCUUUCGGUUACUGGCCGAGCGCUCUUAACUGCUAGGCUACCUGCUGCCCCGUUUAGUGUGUGAGUGUGUGCGUGCCCGUGUCUUUGAGGGCAGGUGUAUGUGUGUAUCUAAUGUGUAUGUGAGUAUAUGGGGUUUACCUGAUUGUUUCUGAAGUGCUUCCUAUUUUUCAAGGUCCAAACGGGCCUUUCUUUUCACUAUGGAUGUGUCCUAAAUGGUACCUCAUUCCCUAUAUAAUGCAAUUCUUUUGACCUGGACCCAUAGAGCUCUGGUCAAAAGUAGUGCACUAUGUAGGGAAUAGGGUACCAUUUGGGACGCAGCCUCUGAUUAACGUAGCAGAAUCGACAUACUGUUAGUCCAUACCUAAACAAGCCCUGCCUAUUAUUUUCAACGGAACGAUAUAUGCCUGCACAAAGACGUUAUCUGAAGAACAUAUGACUGACUACGUAAUGUGCAUGCUGACAUGAGCUAAUUGAAAUGUCUUCAUGUCAUUCUUGUCGUUUUGAACUUAUUUAAUUCUGUUUGUCAUAUUGUACUGAUAAUACAAUUUGUCCUUAAGUUUAAAAAGAAAUCGCCUACUUCUGGUGUUCCUUUCCUUUAAGGGUAUCUUUAAAUGUAAAGUGUUACCAAUGUUCUACAUGACAAGAUAUUUUGUUAUUCUAUCAAAGGACAGUGGGAAUUAUUUUCUCCACAUCCAAACUGACACGCAACCACUUGAAAGUAAUAUAAAAUUAAUAUAAAGUGUUUAAUGGUGUUUUACAUCCACUAUUUAUUUAUUAAUCCCCAGAAGAAAAAAAUAUUCCCGUUUGUUAUCAUUAUUAUUAUGCACUGACAAGGCCCUUAUGCUGUGUUUCUGAUUCUCCUUCUUAUAUUGUUUUCUCUUUGGGAUGAAAGACACCUUUUAUUCUGUGUCCGUAAUCAGCCUUAAUUUAUAAUGUGAUAGUCAAGCACAAAUCAGCCUCAGGGGAAGAAGAAUAAAGCACGUGUGUGUGUGUGUGUGUGUGUGUGUGUGUGUGUGUGUGUGUGUGUGUGUGUGUGUGUGUGUGUGUGUGUGUGUGUAACCCAUGAAAAGGCUUUGUCUCAUACUGUAAAUAAACCCAGUCUACAGGUGUACGUCCCAAAUGGCACCCUAUUCCCUAUAUAGUGCACUACUUUUGACCAAAGCCUUAUGGGACCUGGUCAAAAGUAGUGCACGUAAUAGGGAAUAGGGUGCCUUUUGGGAAACAAACCCUUGAACAUUACAAGAGUUCUGUGGUUUAAUGGUUAAGAUCAACUUCUCAUGAUUGAUUCCUUUGUCAAAAUACACCAUUACAAAUUCUCUGCAAACCAAAUCACUUUGCAAUUUCUUUAUAUGAAGUAUUUUUUUUGAUCAGUUACUUGUAUGAGUGAUACAAUCUUGAACAAAUUUGCUUUCAUAGACUGUUUGUGGGUGUUAGUAAACUCUAUUGAAACUGCUUUGACACGAGGGAAAAUCCCUGCUAGCCAUAUACACUCACCGGAACAGUUUAUUAGGAACACCCAUCUACUACUGGGUCAGAAUCCCCCUUUGCCUCCAGACCAGCCUGAAUUCUUCAGGGCAUUCUACAAGGUGUCGGAAACGUUCCUCAGGGAUGUUGGUCCCUGCUGAUGCGAUGGCAUCACGGCGAUAUAUUCAUGCCGCGAACAGCCCAUUCCAUCUCUUCCCAAAGAUGCUUUAUUGGGUUGAGGUCUGGGGACUGCGCAGGCCACUAUAGUGAACUGAACUCGCUGUAUUGUUCCAGGCAAUGUUUUUCCACUCCUCAAUUGUCCAGUGUUGGUGAUCGCGUGCUCACUAGAGCCACCUCUUCUUGUUUUUAGCUGAUAGGAGUGGAACCAGCUGUGGUCGUCUGCUGCAAUAGCCUAUCCGUGACAAGGAUCGACGAGUUGUGCAUUCUGAGAUGUCGUUCUGCACACCACUGUUGUAUUGUGUCGUUAUUUGUCUGUUUGUGGCACGCCUGUAAGCUUGCUCGAUUCUUGGCAUUCUCCUUCCACUUCUCUCAUCAACCACCUGUUCGCCCACAGGACUGCCGCUGACUGGAUGUUUUCGGUGUGUUGCACCAUUCUCAGUGAACACUAUACACUGUCGUGCGUGAAAAGCCCAGGAGAGUGGCCAUUUCUGAGAUACUGGAUCCGGCGCGCCUGGCACCGACGAUCACACCACACUCAUGGUAGCUGAGAUCACUCGUUUUGCCCAUUCUAACGUUCAAUCAAACAGUAACUGAAUGCCUCAAUGGCUGUCUGCCUGGUUUAUAUAACAAGCCACGGCCACGUGUCUCACUGUCUGUAGGAGCGAUCCAUUUUCGUGUACCUAAUAAACUGUCCGGGAAUGUAUAAGAGAAACAUGUUCAUGACUGAAAAGUCUAAUUUGUUUGUGAUGGAAAUCAUGUGAUGAAUUAACUGUUCGGUAUGAUUUCUCAUUUAUUUUGCUUUGUAAAAAGGAAUUUUAUAGAGAAUAUUCAAAAGUUAACAAUAAGUAUAUACCUUUUUUGCCCAUUAUGUUUUAAGGUAAUUUAAUAUAAGUUGUGUUGCUCUUUAUAUUUUUAUUUCACCUUUUUAUUAGAAUUCAUUCGAAUAUCGGUCAAAUUAUUUAGAUAUUUAUGAUUAUUAUAUUAACAUAUCAAAAUCCUGACAUUACAGGGUGAUUAGGGGAAGUGGUAAAGAAUGUUGGAUUGUGGGUAAUUGCCAAACUAAAGACUUUUCAACCAAUCCUGGCAAUUCUGAGAGGCAGAGGCUUGUGAUGUAUGCCGUGUUCACGUGCUAGUCGGAAAUGGAAAACUAGAAUAUUUCCGACAUGCUAACUGGUUGAACACAACAAGUGUAUAGCUACAAUCAGUUAACAAGUCAGAAAAUUCAGAGUUUCCGAGUUCCGACUAGCACGUGAUCGCAGCAAUAGUCCAUAUAUAAAUAUAAAACGAUUAAAAUGAACAUUUGUACAUAAAUGAAUGUUUCCCUAUGUAAAUGUAAAAACAAUCAAAUAACAUAUUAAGCAGAUAUACAUUUUGUAAUUAAUAUUAUUACACUGUUGAUGUUAUGUCACGUGUACAGAAAUGUAUCAGCAUUAAAAACCUUAAUGCCAUCAUCAUACGCUA